AUGUCAGUUAGCAAACUUCACGACGCCACUCAAUUCAAAAAAAUCGACUACACGGACAUGUGCCUCGGUCAUGAACCAGGAGAUCCAAUGCCAAUUUGGAGAGUAAGCCUCAAAGAUGGUCGAGUACUUGCAGCCAACCAUUUCAUGAACCUCAAAGAUCUCUUUAAACAACCAAUGGUCAGAUUCUUUAUCAUAGAUAAUGCAGAUGCAAAUAGACUAGUUGAAAUUCUCAGUCAUUUCAAAACAGAUGAAGAAAAAUCUGUGAAAGCAAAGGAAUUGACUUCUUCAGUCAAAACUUUUUCAAAAGGCGUCAAAAGGAACCAUUAUGUUCGUGUUUUACCAAGAGUGUCUGGUGAUGAAAAGCACGAAAUCAGGGUUUUCACAGAUGAGAUACUGGAGAUAAUUCCAGUAGUUCUAGCUCAACAGGGCACUCCAAUUAGUGACAAAGAUGAACGCCUCGAGAAGUACCGUCAACAUUGGCACAGCUACACUCUUUGGCACUAUAACACCAUUCAUGUCUCACAACUUGACAAAGUUUUCGAGGAGUUCGACAUUGACAAAUCUUUAAUUACACUCGUUGAGGACCCACUCUACGAGGUAAGACGUAUGGAACUCAUCGCUCGUGGUGUUACAAUGAGAGUGUUCAAUCCAAAGCUCAUACCAGUCAUUGAGCCAUAUCAUGCGAUCGAUGCAGUAUUUACUGAGUGUGUUAUGGGAAUCAAUUGGAGGACAGAGAUGUGUACGUAUCACCCAUACUGUAGCAUGCAAUUGAAGAGCAAGAUUGUGAAUUGUAUGUAUCAAUAUCUCAUGAUUAACCCGGAAUAUCUCUUCUCCUACAACGCUGUCAAAUAUGCCAUCAAAGACAUCAAACGAGAGUGCAUCUUUCAUUACCUCCCAGAACGUGACACCCCUGAGUUCCGUCUCAAUGACUACCCCGUUACAAUGGGAAUCGACUGGGUGGAAUACUUCAAAAUCACUACAUUCUUUGAUCUCAACUCAUUCGAACAAGUCCUCCAGGGUCACCCAUUAAUACCUGUUUGGCUUAUUCGUAUGUUUGUCAAACUGGCGUGGAUCCAACAGUUCUUCCCGAAAAACGACUGUCGGGAUCUCCGUAAAGUUGUUAUCAGUGGUUUGCUCUUGUCGGUUCCAAAAGAACACACGACAUAUGCUACACACUGGGUGAAUGGUAUUAUCGAAGCCACAGAUGCAAAGUUUGCGGCUACUCCUGAGGGCAUAGCAAUACUGAAAGCAGCUGAGAAAGCAGAGCAGGAUCGUCUCGCAUCGCUUCAUGAUCCGAACUCGUUGUAUCAGAGAAUUAAAAAACAGCAAGAUGAAGCCUACUCGUAG